AUGGCCAGCUGAACGAUCUCACCGUCAGCUCGAUCGUAACGCAUAGUACUUAGGAUAGGAAUACAAAAAAAAAAAAAGGCAAAGCAGAAGUAAAGAUGAACGUGAACAGUGACUGGGACUCAGUCAACGAUUGCGCCCACUUCAAUUUCUGGAGCGACUUUCGUGAAAUCUUUGCCUGUGAAGGCGUUGGGUUAUUGAAAUUGGUUAACAGUGCCGCAGAUGCCUGGCAGGGUCUAACGCCCAAACAGAAGAAACAGUUCCAGGAGAAACAGUACGUGGCAGAGCGUAAAGCUGAGUUGAAGCGUGUGAAGAAGGACAAGACAGAGUUUGGCGGAGACGGGGACCAAUUCAAGGGGAACGAUGUGCCGUUGUUCAAUUUGAAAUCCUGUUUUAGCGGCUUCUUUCAAAUGUUCUUUAAAUAG